AUGACUUCAUUACCGCCGACAUACAUACCCGAGUGGACAGACAAGAAAACAUGUCAACAGUUAGAAUACAGGCGUUUGGGAGCAACUGAUAUGUUUGUGUCCAAAUUGAGCUUAGGUGGUGCUCAUGUAAGCAAAGAUCUAUUAUUUAGCGAAGACGGCCAACAAUUACUCGGCGGCUACGAGUCGGUCGUUCAGUCUAUACAACAAACUGUCCGAUCGGGCAUUAAUUUCAUCGACACAUCGCCUUUCUAUGGCUGCGGUAAAGCGGAACUUGUUUUAGGAAAGGCCUUAGAAAAUAUACCCCGAAAUGCCUACUAUUUGGCCACAAAAGUUGGCCGCAAAGCUGACUGCACUUUUGACUAUUCGGCCGAUUGGGCCGUCAAAUCGGUUGAAUUGAGUCUCAAAAAACUUGGUGUCGAUUACUUGGACUUAAUUCAUGUACACGAUGUUGAAUAUUGUGAUACUAUUGAUAUAGUUAUCAAUGAAACACUGCCAGCACUCGACCGAUUGAGACGUGAGGGCAAAGUCAGGCAUAUCGGUAUCACCGGCUAUCCAUUGCAUACAUUAAAAGAAAUAAUAGAUAAAAGUUAUAUUAAACUGGAUGUUGUGCUAUCCUAUUGUCGAAUCACACCAUUUGAUCAGUCAUUACUGCAAUAUAUACCGGCAUUUAAGUCAAAAGGUUUGGGAAUAAUAAAUGCGGCUCUACUGGGAAUGGGAUUACUGGUUCCCACUAACAUUGUUCCCUAUUGGCACGCGGCACCCGUACAACUACGGGAGGCCUGUUCACAAGCUAUUAAGUAUUGUAACGAAAGAGGUGUGAAUAUAGCAAAACUAUCGGUUUAUUAUGCGUUACAACACAACGAAAUCGAUACACAUUUAAUAGGAAUGGAAGAUGAAAAAGCAUUGAAUGCUAAUUUAGAUGUUAUGAUCAAUGGUUUGACAGAUAAAGAGAAAGCGGUUCUCAAAGAGAUUAUGAUUAAUAUAUUCGACAAACUGGAUGUCCAUCACUGGGAAGGCGUUGAACUGACCCGAUAUCGCACCGAUAGACAAGCAUUUACAGAGUUUUUGUUACGGGGAAAGUAA